ACUAAGGUAGGUUGACUGAACAAUUCUGUCUAUGGGAAGCAGCGUCCUAAAAGAUGUUGGAAAUGAACACAUACACAAACGAUUACGAUGUUGUUUAUUCAUGUUCCUGCUACCAUACGUAUGGCGCUUCAUUGUGAGAGCCCAGAGUGAAAUCGCCCUACAAGAUGCUCCGACUUCAACCUACGACGAUCAAGAUAGCCACACGCGAUAUUAGCGACGCCGAGCGCCGAAGCCGCUACAGGAAGCACCUACUAAGUCGCCAGAAGGCCGAUAAAAAACGCGAUGAUCUCAUCCAGCAUGAUCGAGAGGCUACGCUUGAAGAUGCCCUCAACACCAAGAUCGUAACACCAACCACUGACUCUAGCAUUGUACAAGACACGCCAGGCUCAAAUGGUAGAAACGAGUCGGACGGUGAAGAGGGAAUAGGAUCAUCAGUCCCUCUACUAGACUACGGUACCAUCAGUUCCGACGAGACCAGAUUCGUGGACGUUGAUCACGGCAUCAACCGCCUGCAUCGACAACCAGACCAACAUCGACUUCCUUUCCGCCCGCGGCAAAGCUUGGGUGACCAUGAGGAUGCGGAUACCGCGCCGGUCCACACGCAACCCCACGAUAAUGGUAGCGAUGGCUCCGUGACGGAUGAGGACGAACACGAUGCGAUAGAGCAACUUUUGGCAGCAACUGUGGACGGAUUAACGUAUGAAACAGAAGAAGUCAACGACGACCUCUCGCAGAGCUCGGGAGAACUUAUGGACCCCCCCGAAGAUGCUGGCGAGCUUUCAAUCCCACCGACUGGCGAAGGGUUGGAGCCUACGACACCCCGAAGACAGUUUCCUGUGUAUAGUGACCGGCUGCCCGUUGAAGAACAACCCCAAACCCCAAGACAGCUUCCCGAAGCUCGCCAUCAGAGCAGGUUUGAUGGAGCUUACACGGCGCCAGUUCGAGGACGACGGGUGAGAGUCGAAAUUGACGACGCUCCGAUGACAGCAAGGAGAAGGCGUGCUGGACGCAAUACUAGCCCGGUAGGGUUGAGAACACCAGGGUUUCAGGGUUUGUACGGAGGCAGUGAGAACGCCGACGAUGUGUGAUAUGAUUUGCCGACCGACAUCCGUGGUGAUGUCAGGUGGUCCAUCAUCAUCGGCAAAUGCAAGGAGUACGAGGAUCAGUUUUGCUAAUACAAGAUAAACGGAGCAUAAUAUUACGGUGGACUGUUGGUUUUGCUGAUCAAGCAGGGCGUUGACUGAAGUUAUUGUCUAGACACCUUCCUUGCCUUAGCAUAGGUACGUUAGUUUGUUACUGAAUCAGGAUAAUGAACUGAUCAGUUCGUUACCAAGACGAUGCCAAUUAAAGGAGCAUUCCUCCC